GCCAAGCAGGGAACGGCUGGAGCCUGCAGUGGAAGGUUGGAGCCCUGGUGUGUGGGAGGCGGACAGAGGUGCAGAGAGCAGCCGGGGAGAAUAAGACUCAGAGGACGUGUGGGCCAUGGCUGGGACGAUGCAGUUCCUGGCUUGGUUAAUGGUAGCCAUUUGCUUCCUCCCUGGGGUGACUACAACCCAGCACCGUGCAGGGCAGCCCAUGGACAGCACCAACGUGGGAGGUGGCCUGCAGGAGCCAGAGGCCCCGGAAGUGAUGUUUGAGCUGCUCUGGUCUGGGCUGGAGCUGGAUAUCAUGGGGCAGCUGCACAUCCAGGACGAGGAACUGGCAUCCACACGUCCAGGCCGCCGGCUCAGUCUCCUCCUGCAGCACCAUGUGCCCAGGGACUUGGAGGGUGCUGAGCAGCGGCUGCAGCAGUUCCAGGACCUGCGGAAGGGACCCCCUCUUAGCCCUUGGGACUUUGAACAUCUGCUCCUCACAGGCCUGUCCUGUGUCUACCGGCUCCCUGUGGCUAGUGAGGCUCAGGAGAGAGGUCGCUGGGCCCAGGUCUUCGCCCUCCUGGCACAGGAAACACUCUGGGACCUGUGCAAGGGCUUCUGCCCCCAGGGCCAGCCCCCUUCUCUGGGGCCCUCGGCCUCUACCCUUGACCCCUUCCCCUAACCCUCCCCUUCUGCCUGUCAUUCCCACCCCAGCCCCCUCCACCCCGCCCCCUACCUGAGCCAGACCCAUCUUGGCCAGGGGCCUCCAUCUGGCACCUGGUUUUUCCCACUGUGUUCGGGCCUCUAGGCUCGGCUUGUACCCCAGACCCCAGCUUACCCCUCCCCCAUCUUCCCUGGGCCCAGGCUCUGGGUCCCAGGCAGCAGGCACAGACCUAAGGGCAGGACUUGCA